CCUUACGUAAAUUCUCCUUAAAGCAUCUCCUCUCCACUGCUCUGCAAAAAGCUCUCUCCUUUUUUUCAUUUCUCCAUUAAAAUUCUUCAGAUUAUUCCUUCACUUAUUCUCCAUCAUCUUCUUCAACCUUCCAUAUCACUUAAACAUGUCUUUCAUCCCUCUACUUCUCUUUCUUCUUCCAAUUCUUUUCAUCACUUUCUCACUUUUCGCAACCCCAUCUUCCUCCGCCGUCGACACCUUCGUCUUCGGCGGCUGCUCCCAGCUCAAAUACACAACGGGCUCACCCUACGAGUUCAGCGUUAACUCGAUGCUCACCUCGAUAGUCAACUCAGCCGCUUUCACCACCUACAACAACUUCACCAUCCCUUCCUCCACCUCACAGGAAGCCCUCUACGGCCUCUUCCAAUGCCGUGGCGACCUCAACAGCGCCGACUGCAGCCGCUGCGUCGCCCGCGCCGUCAGCCAACUCGGCACCAUCUGUCCCAACUCCUGCGGCGGCGCGCUGCAGCUGGAGGGCUGUUUCGUGAAAUACGAUAACACAUCGUUUUUAGGGGUGGAGGACAAGACGGUUGUAGUGAGGAAAUGUGGACCGUCGCUUGCGUACGACUCGGACACGUUGACUCGGCGUGAUUCGUUGUUGGGUUAUUUAGCUGCGAGUGAUGGGAGCUACAAGCCGUAUAGAGUUGGCGGAUCGGGGGAUUUAUCCGGCGUGGCACAGUGCGUAGGGGAUUUGAGUGCGAGCGAGUGUCAGGAUUGUUUAUCUGACGCGAUCGGACUGCUGAAAACGGACUGUGCGGCCUCCAGGUGGGGUGACAUGUACUUGGCCAAAUGCUAUGCGCGCUACUCCAAGGGCGGAGAUCACUCGAACGGCGGUAACGAUAACAACAACAACAACAACAACAACGAUGAAGAAAUUGAGAAGACACUUGCCAUCUUAAUAGGACUCAUUGCUGGAGUUGCUCUUCUCAUUCUUUUCCUUUCUUUCCUAAGAAAAGUAUACGAGGGAGACAAAGAUGGGAAAUGAUACAUUUUGUAAAUAUACAAAGGAAAAAGUAUUUUGUUUUGUUUUGUUUUGUUUUCUUUCUCCUUUGUAAGUUUCUUUGUUCUUGCCUUUAAAGAAAGCCUUGAAGAAAUAUGUUUUCUCGAAACAGGUGAAAAGACUGAAAGAUUCCACACCUCUUAACCCAUGUAAGCUUGUCUCCAAUUAUUUGUACUCUUACUACUACUAAUAAUUAGUGAAAUCAAUCACUUUUCUUAA